CCACCUGCGGGCGGACGCGCCGCCUCCCGCGCCCUCCUCCUCUCGCAGCGCCGGGCACCGGCACCGGCAACAGAGCACCGGCUCCAAAGACCGGCACCGGCACAGGGCACGGGCAGCGGCACCGGCAGCGGGCAGCGGCACCAGACACGGGCACCGGGCAGCAGCAGGUUGGUGGCCGGGGCAGCGGCCGCACCCCACCAUCACCACCGCAGCCGGGGGCGGCGGCGGCAGCGGGAUGGCCGCGGCUUGGAGGGGCGCGGGGGCCGCCAGUCCCGGCGGGAGCGGGGCAGAACCGACACCAGGGUCUCCCCCGGGUCCGAGGGUUCCCCACGGGGAGGGGCCGUGGGGAGCUCACGGGCAGGGAGUGGUACCGUGGGCGCCCUUGGGAGGGGCUGGGAGUAAUGUGAGCACUGACCGCAGGUCCGGGGGCCGCAGCAUCCCCGUGGAGGGCACGGCGGGGUGGGGAAGGGCCGGGGGGCUGGUGCCCUCUCCAGGGGCGCUCUGGGGGCAGUGGGUGCUCGGGGCUCCAGGAACACUCUGAGGAGUGAGACGGGAAGCGGGGGCAGCAGGAGUGGGUGGCAGUGGGGGUCAGUGCGGCGGUAGAAGCAGGGGGCAGUAGAAACACAAUAGACAGCACGACUGUGGCUGUUUCUUCUUCCCCCCGGCAGCGAGGAAGCAGAGAUCCCGGCUCCAGCCCAGGGAGCCAUCAGGGAAGUUCGCAGUCUCCAGUGGGUUUCGUGUUGUGGCCCCCAGACACCGCAGGCGAGUGGGGACCGUCAGGAGCUCUCUGAUCUCCUGGGGAAGCCAAGGCAUCCGGGCAGCUCUCUGCACGGGGUGGGUGGGCACGGCCAGAGGGACAGUGGGGUGUGGGGCAGUGCCCAGAGCGCGGCAUCCCAGGAAGGCAGGGACAAAGCGGUGGGGCUCACCUGUUCUCCACACUUCCCCCACAGCCGCCAGCCACCACUGCCGUCACCCAGUGGGAAGCGGCAGCCAUGGAUGAAGUGAUGGAGCUGGAGCUGGGGGGCAACUCCCUCCUGAAGGCCGUGUGGCUGGGCCGGCUGCGGCUGACCCGACUGCUGCUGGAAGGGGGCGCUUACAUCAACGAGAGCAACGAGAAGGGGCAGACCGCGCUGAUGGUGGCCUGCAUCACCACGCACGUGGACCAGCAGAGCAUCCACAAGGCCAAGAUGGUGAAGUACCUGCUGGACAACAGAGCUGACCCCAACAUCCAGGACAAGUCUGGGAAAACCGCCCUCAUGCACGCCUGUAUCCGAGGGGCUGGGGGGGAUGUGGUGUCCCUGCUGCUGGAGAGCGGGGCAGACCCCAGCCUGGAGGACCACUCAGGAGCCUCAGCACUGGUCCACGCCAUCAAUGCCGAGGACCAGGCUGUGCUGCAGCACCUCCUGAAUGCCUGCAGAGCCAAGGGGAAGGAGGUGAUCAUCAUCACCAUGGACACAUCAGCCUCUGGCACCAAGACUGCCAAGCAGUACCUGAACGUUGCCCCUGCACUGGAGUUCAAGGAGAGGGUUCCCCUCGAGGAGAGCAGUGCCCCCUCCAGUGCGCACCUGAAAACUCCCAGCUCAGCACCUUCACCUGCCGAGAAGGAGAGCAGCGUUCUCACCCCACACCCUUCACACGCUGGGGACACUGAGCCACCCUCCCCAGGCCAGAGAGCCGGCACUGCCCGCAGAGCCCAACUGCCCCGGCUGAAGCGGCUGCGGUCAGAGCCCUGGGGUCUGGUGGCACCCUCGGUGCUGGCAGCCUCUGGUCACCGCGAUGACAGCGAGGUCAUCACGGGCAUCAGCGACCUCUCGCUCUCCAAAAAGCCCUCCCUCACCCGGAGCAGCAGCAGCAGCAAGGGAAGGGACCCCUCGGUCUUUCCCCCGGUGGAUGAGCAGGCACUGGGGCCACUGGCACGGAAAGCCACCCACGAGAAGAGCCAGGGCACCCACCCCUGCCUGUCCCGGAGCACCACAGUGCCGGAGGAGCCAGAGAGCACCAGCUCUGCCGCCAGCUCAGUUGCGGGGGUGGACACUCCACACUGGUGGAGGCCAGGCACUGAGCACAAUGGAGACUCCCAGGUCACCGAGGCGGGGAAGGGGCCAUCGGAGAGGAGGAAGCUGAGCGGGUCCCACCUGGCCUUGCUGGACGGUUCCUGUGACUCUCCCUCUGGCAGCACCAGCACAUCACCCAGCACCGGCCGGCACCGGCCACCCGGCUUGCUGGAGAGGCGAGGAUCCGGGACCCUGCUGCUGGACCACAUCUCCCACACGAGGCCGGGAUAUCUGCCCCCCUUGAACGUGAACCCCAACCCCCCGAUUCCUGACAUUGGCUCCAGCAAAGCCCCCUCCCUGCUGGCUGCUGGGCUGAAGCCGCUGGUGCCCCUCACACCCAGCUCUCCCAGGCGAGGCGAUCUGAGAGCGCACAGGAAGCUGCUCCGCAGACAUUCCAUGCAGGCGGAGCAGAUGCGGCACCUCUCCGAGUUUGAGGAGGUCGUGGCGCAGUAGCCGUGUCAGCAUUUGUUCACAGGGAGGUGGGCAAAGCCGGGCUGUCCCUGCAGAAACACGAUGGUUCCCACUCAGAGAGGGCACUGGCUCUGGGGACACACUGGUGGCCAGGGAGUUCAGCCCUGAGCCCAGGGGCUGAAUCGGGAGCAGGCUGAUCGGGAGGUGGAUCCCGUACAAUCCUAGAUCGCCAAGCUCCAUGCCAAGGAUCCCACCUGCAGUUCACUUAUUCCUCACUAGCUGCAAUCCGCUUUUCUUACAUCCUGCUCGUUCUCUCACCGAAUCCCCUCCCGGAGCCCCCGGUGGUGAUCUCUGGGGCUGAGGCGUUCAUGAAGUGCCUUCCAGGAGGGGGAAGGGGCUCAGUACUGCGGGGCUGGAGGAGCGGGAGCACCCGUCCAGCCACGGACCGUGUCGGUGCUCUCCGGCAGCGGGAGAGGGAGACAGUCCUCCACCUCCGAGAUUCCCGAGCGCCCCGGAGCUCCGGCGGCUGAGCUCACCCGGCACCGCUGCAGCCUCGCCGGCUGUGGGCCGGGAUGGGCUUCCCUCAUCGCUGAACCGUCUGAACUUCAGGGUCUCACUCCCCGCCUCGCAGCUCCGAAUUCAGAAAGCGCUGAAUCCCCGAGCAGGACGGUCCCAGCCCGGCUGCAUGGGAAGCCUCUGCCAGCAGCGGGGAACGCGGGAUGCCAGGUCACCGAGGGUGACACGGGCUGACCGCAGGGCUUCAUCCCACCCGGAGAGUGGCAGGUACAGCCCAGCCCCCGCUGUGCUGCCUGCCGCGCUCAGGGAGCCCCAGCCCAGCCUGGCAGCGGCCGUGUGCCGAGGCCGCCGACACCUCCCACCUCUCCGUGAACGCGCCUAUUUACGAGACUGCGUGUGCGUGGGGGAGCAGGGGCAGGUGUUGGGGUGACGCCGCGGCCUGCGGACACUUUUGCACGAGUUUUGCACUGCAUUAAUAAAGCGCUCAGCUUCGGAGGGAGGCUGGUCUCGCGUGGCCCCGCCGCCCGGCCAGGGCUCCCCGGGAGCGCCGAGGGGAUCCCCGGGGCUCCCAGAGUGCUCGGCCCG